AUGUGGACGCGUCCCGCUUCCUUCGCCGCCUCGUCAUCAACGCCAUCACCAUCACGGCUGCAUCUCUCCUCCCCGCACAUUCUCGCCUGUGCAGCCUCUGGGGGAACUUCUCCACUCACUUCCAGGACGCUGACCGUUUCGGACGCUUGCGAGGGAAUGUUUGCAAGAAGGAUGCUGGGCCUCUUUGGAUGCUUUUCUUGCCUUUUUCUGGCUUCUGUCGCACACGCAGAUGGCCGAGUGUUCGUGGUGGAGUUGAACAACUCUUCCAGUCUUCCGGGCUUCCAGGAGGCCGAGCGGGCGUGCGCCUCCCAGCAGGCACGCUUGGCGUCGGCGGCCGAGCUCCGCCACGCCGUCGCGGAGUGCUUCUUCUCUCUGUGCGCCCAUGGGUGGCUCCACGGCGGCACCGUGGGGACCACGGUGUGUAAUUACGUGGGUGGCUCGUUGAAAGCCGUGGACGUGAGAGCAGAAAACGCAACAGGCGACGCCACGCGAUUGAGCGGCUUCUGUAUUAAAGACAAAGGCGUGCCGUGCGGCGACCCUCCGUCUUUCCCCAACGCCCGCCUGCAGGAUCACAGCGGCUUCGAGCUGGGGGACGAGCUGCUCUACUCGUGCGUGCCGGGCUACGUCAUGCCCAACGGCCACAGCGCCUUCAGCCUGCUGUGCGACAGCUGCGGCGAGUGGUACGGCCUGGUGCAGAUCUGUGUCAAAGAUUCAACUGAGGGUCACAUGGACUACGAGGACAAGUUCUCGUAUGCGGAAGAGGAGCACCAGAGCGAGGAUAACGGGCCGGUGGAGGCUCAUGGCCGGGUCUACGAGGAGGCUCACGGAGAAACCAAAUCGGAGGAACCCAGGGGUCAAGAGUUGGAAGAGAUGAGCUUCACCGUCAAAGGGGAGCAUACAGAAGACCAUGGUCAGCAGGAAGUGGAGGAGGACAUUAUGGAGGAACGGGACUUAGAGGACUCUGCAGGACAUCAAGGUUGGGAGGACGACAAACGUGAGAUGACCACUACCACCACAGAAGCGCCCGUCUCUCUGGUGUCGCAGAAACAUCGCUUCUGGUUUCCCUCGGAGGCCUUCCAGCAGCAGGAGGAACACCUCCUGUCCGUGGACCACGUCACUCAGAUCCCUCAGAGGCCCUUGGCGAGCCAGUCGGAGGAGAGCAGUGUUGAGCAUCAUGGAAAUGAUGACCAACAGGGUCAAGUAGAACAACACGUUACUGUUGAAGAACUGGACGACCACCAUGACCACUACGACAUGGGUGAGCAUGAGGAGGAACGUGUUCGCUACGACGACCGGCGUGACAGCGAUGAGGAGCAUGGGGCCGUCGUGACUGACGGUCAUCAGGAGCGUCCGGAGGGUUCUGAAGAGCGUCCAGACCAGGAGGACCGUGACGAUCAUGACAACAAGGAUCAAGACGACCAUGAUGACCAUUUCCACCACGUGGAUCAUGACGACGACCAUGACCACCGUGAUGAUCAUGACAACCCUGAGGAAGACGACAACCAAGGGGAUCUCGAGGACCGGGAGGGUCAUGAUGAACAUGAGGACCAUGACGACCAAGAGGACCAUGAUGAACAUGAGGAUCUUGACGACCAAGAGGAUCAUGAUGAACAUGAGGAUCUUGACGACCAAGAGGAUCAUGAGAACCGUGAUGACCAUGGCAACCAUUUCGACCAUGUGGAUCCUGACGAACGUGUUGACCACGACGAUCAGGACCACCACAAGGACCGUUAUGGAGACACCGACGACCAGGAUGACUUUGAUAAUGGAAGGCGGGACGACAAUGACAGCUACGACCACCACGACAGCCAUGAAGACGAUCACGAAGGUGAUCAGCGUGUCGUCUUCUCCAAGACAAGAGAAAGAACCCGGAACACCACCCAGGAGGAACCAGGACAAGUGGCCACCACUGAUGACACUUGGCUGGACGGGCACCCGGUGGCAGGGGAGGAUGUGGCAAGGGAGACGGUUGCAAGGGCGACACACAACCCCAACGAGGUGGAGAAGAACAUCCCUGAAGAAUGGGAGACCCCCGUUCCGGAUAACCCUGCAUCAUCCUCAGACUCUGCAUCUUCUCUGGAGUACGACACUCAGCAGGUGGUGCCCACCCACUCCUGGCUGCUGGACCUCACGCAGCACCCCUUCAUCCAUCACGACCCGGCGCACGACGACACCGUGGAGCACACCCCGCACCGCCUGCCCGGCGAGACCGGCGAGAGGGGCCAAGUGGAAGGAGAGGCCGGGGAGACCAUCUGCGUCGGGGAGAGCUGCCCGCCGGCCGGCACCAACAGCCGGGGUCCCACAGUGGCGGCCAUCAUCGCGGCUGUGUGCUUGGUGGCGGCGGCCAUCGUGGUCACGGUCUGGUGUUACCGGCGGCGGCAGCAGAAGAGUUCGGUGUACGAGAUGAACGGGAAGGGACAAAGUCCGAGCAACCAGCAGAUGGAGAUGCAGCAGAAGGUUUAGUAGGACGAUGGCCGAGACUUUUGGGGGGACCCCUCCCAAAUCUUUUGGGAAAGGAGUCGGACUGCAGAAGAACACUAAACCCUCCAACGCUGCCAAUCCGGAGGGUUGGAUUUGGAAGAUUUUUUAAAUUGCUUUCGAGGAGUCAAAUGGUCCGUAAGUACAGGAAAUACGGUAGCUGUCAAUCACCAAUCAAUAACUUUGAUGAGUACUACGAUUGACGUCACUACCGCCUUGCCAAAGGGUACCAUGUCCCCUCGCUACCUUACUUCCUGCCGAUCUUAAAGUACCUUUCAGUAGCCGUUGAAGUUUUCGUGUUAAAAUGAUGUCGCUUUUAGAGAACAGGUGCUCCGUGACCCCCAGGGGGUUCACAGAGAUACCGCAAGGGAUGGGGGCGUGAAUUUUAAAAGUAUUUUUAUAUAUUCCCCAACACACUUUUCUACAAAGGUAAACAUUGAUCCGACACACGUAGUGUAACGCAUAAAAAGCAGUGACCAUAUUCACUGUACCUCACCAAUAAAAACAUAAAUAACAAUUAUAUUAUUGUAUUCGUCUUAGCAUCUAAGAUAGCUAGCGAUUAGCACUCCAGUUGCCAGCUAGCAAUUAGCGGCACAAGUUGCCAGUUAGAUUAUAACACUGGUUGUCCGCGAGCAAUUACCAUCUAGUUGCCAUCUA